UACAGGUUUACCCAACCCUAACGAGUUGCUAGAAUUUCUUCUGGCUCUGAGAAGUUAUUCAAACUACAUACCAACUCCUGUGACAUAUUUAGGUUGUUAGUUCCGGGUAGGUGUAAAGUCAGUAUGUUCUCGGAGUCAGACCUCAUCUUGCACGAAAAACCAAGGCGAAGAUUUACAGCCAUCAGCGACUAAAUUCUAAUUAUGAUCGGAUGGAAGGGGCCUUAGAAAGAGAGAGGGCGCCUCCACCCUACCAAGCUGGACCUCCACCCAACCAAGCUGAACCUCCACCCAACCAAGCUGGACCUCCACCCAACCAAGCUGGACCUCCACCCAACCAAGCUGGACCUCCACCCAACCAAGCUGAACCUCCACCCAACCAAGCCGGACCUCCACCCAACCAAGCCGGACCUCCACCCAACCAAGCCGGACCUCCACCCAACCAAGCUGAAAUUCCACCCAACCAAGCUGGACCUCCACCCAACCAAGCUGGACCUCCACCCAACCAAGCUGAACCUCCACCCUACCAAGCUGGACCUCCACCCAACCAAGCCGGACCUCCACCCAACCAAGCUGAAAUUCCACCCAACCAAGCUGGACCUCCACCCAACCAAGCUGGACCUCCACCCAACCAAGCUGAACCUCCACCCUACCAAGCUGGACCUCCACACAACCAAGCUGGACCUCCACACAACCAAGCUGAACCUCCACCCUACCAAGCUGGACCUCCACCCUACCAAGCUGAACCUCCACCCUACCAAGCUGAACCUCCACCCUACCAAGCUGAACCUCCACCCUACGAGUCUCUGCCUCUACCUACUCCACCAUCGUUCUCCACUGCCAUCUCUGAAGCUCACAGGGACUCCUUGUCGUACUUCUCCUCCGUUACGACACCAACUGGCCAAAAUCCAGGCGAUCCGUUAUCAUAUCCAGAGCUAUGGACAGGAGAACAUCCCCCAGGCUCCUGUGAACCGUACUGGAUUACUGUGGAGCUUCCACAACCACGUGUUCCUUUACCAGGUUCUGUAACAGAAGACACCAGGUCAAGAUGCCAACAGCUAACCAGUUUGGAGUUUUCUCAAGAGGAAACCGGAAUCCCCUCACCGGGUUCUUUGGUCGAACAGACCAGUCCAAGCUCCUUCAAUGAAACCAGCUUGGAGAUGUCCGAUGGGAUAAGAGAUAAACCAUCCAGUUGUCUACCAUGUUCAAUCAUGAACUUUUUUUUGUGCCCCGUACUUGGAUUUGUUGCCAUUAUUCUCUCCAUAACGGUCAAAGUCAACUAUCGCAGAGGACAUUUCGCCAAAGCGCACAAAUAUUCCUGCUGUCAAAUGCUACUAUCGCAGAGGAAAUAUCGCCAAAGGAGAAAAAUAUCACAAGCUUGUGAUUUGCUUAAAUAUUGUUACUAUGGGGGCUGGAAUUCUAUUUUUAACACCAUUAAUUAUACUUCUGUGUAUUUUUCGAUACAAAUAACCUGCCACCUCUGCAGCAAAACGCUUUCUUCCUCUUCCUCGUUAUCUCUUCUGGAUUAAACAAGAUGUUAGAAAACUCCCAGUACCCAGUGGUCCCGGCAUGGGCAGGGGGUUGACCCAUUGACAGUGUUCUGUCCCGCUUCCAUGUUCUUUUACCACGUUGUAUUGAACUGCAUUAGAAUAUUCUUGUACCUCAGUAUGCUGGCAUCUAGUGGAGGUUUUUGGUCACUACAACUUACCGUAUUUAUCGGCGUAUACCGCGCACUUUUUUGCCCUGCUUCCCCGCGCCGAGUUUGAAUACUGCGC